AUGACAUUGGACGGUGACACCAGGACAUUGGACGGUGACAUCAGGACAUUGGACGGUGACACCAGGACAUUGGACGGUCAUACCAGGACAUUGGACAGUCAUACCAGGACAUUGGACAGUGACACCAGGACAUUGGACAGUCAUACCAGGACAUUGGACAGUGACACCAGGACAUUGGACAGUGACACCAGGACAUUGGAUAGUCAUACCAGGACAUUGGACAGUGACACCAGGACAUUGGACAGUCAUACCAGGACAUUGGACAGUCAUACCAGGACAUUGGACAGUGACACCAGGACAUUGGACAGUCAUACCAGGACAUUGGACAGUCAUACCAGGACAUUGGACAGUGACACCAGGACAUUGGACAGUGACACCAGGACAUUGGAUAGUCAUACCAGGACAUUGGACAGUGACACCAGGACAUUGGACAGUGACACCAGGACAUUGGAAAGUCAUACCAGGACAUUGGACAGUGACACCAGGACAUUGGACAGUCAUACCAGGACAUUGGACAGUCAUUCCAGGACAUUGGACAGUGACACCAGGACAUUGGACGGUGACACCAGGACAUUGGACGGUGACACCAGGACAUUGGAUAGUCAUACCAGGACAUUGGACAGUCUCACCAAGACAUUGGACAGUCUCGUGAUAAAAAAAGAUUCGCAUAGCGGAUUCUCACAAAAGUUUGCAAGCAAUGAUUUUUGCAUAUCACAAUGA